AUGCGAGCGUCCUGCCUAUCGACCGCCGUUCUCGCCGUUCUACCGUUCCUCACUGCCGGGAAAGCGUUGGUUCCACGCGACACAGCAUGCAAUAAUUCUCCUUCUCUCUGCUCUAAAUCUUACGGCGUGAUCACCCACUUGGGUGCCCAUGAUAGCCCUUUUGUACGGAAUUCUUCAAAUCAUGACACGUCGUCAGGGGAUCAAUAUUACAAUACCACUGUUCAGCUAGACGCUGGGGUUCGUCUGGUUACGGCGCAGGUUCAUAAAAGUGACUCGGAGUGGCAUCUGUGCCAUACCAGCUGUGACUUGUUGGAUGCUGGCAAGUUGAGUACGUGGCUGUCGGAGAUCAAGGACUGGCUGGAUGCCAAUCCGAAUGACGUGGUUACCGUGCUGCUUGUCAAUUCAGACGAUGCUACAGCCUCCGAUCUGCAUUCUGAGUUCGAGGCGGCUGGUGUGAAUAACUACACCUACACGCCCACCUCGCAGACCUCCGCACCGUCGUCGUGGCCAACCCUGCAGGAGCUGAUCUCCAAGGGCACCCGCCUCAUGACCUUCGUCGCAUCCUUGGAUAGCAACACAGUGGCACCGUAUCUUAUGGACGAGUUCACUUUCAUCUGGGAGACGCCGUAUAAUGUCGACACGCCUUCAAACUUCUCAUGCCUGCCUGACCGUCCGGACAGCUUCAAGGGCAACUUGAAAUCAGCACUCUCCUCCAAUCAACUCCCGUUGAUGAACCACUUCCUGUAUGAGUCCUCUAUUCUAGGUAUCCAGACCCCCAAUGCCAGUUACGUCUCCACAACCAAUGCUCCAUCCGGCGGUGUGGGAAACCUAGGCACGGCCGCGGAUACCUGCAAAGCUGCCUACGGGAGCCCGCCGACGUUUAUCUUGGUGGACUUUUUCGACAAGGGCCCGGCAAUUCGGACGGUAGAUAAUCUGAACGGCAUUACAUCUCCCGUGGGUCGCAAGAGCCUGCCCAGCGAUUCUAGCGAAACGAGCUCCGACUCCAAUGGUUACAAGGGGCUUGACGAUCUUGUCAGUUCUGUCAAGUCCGGUGCCAAUCCUAGUGCUGGGGAAUGGGUGUGGGCUGGCGGAGAUUGGGAUGGGCUUGGCGGUGGUAUUCCGUUAUAG